AUGAGAACUUCGAACUAUGAUGACCCUUUUAGGCCAGAAAAAUUAAAAGAAUGGCCAGACCCCGAAGCCGUGUCUUUAAUGGAGGUACUAGCUAGAGAAGAUAUUGAUAAAGCUGUACAUGCAAUAUUACUUAGAGAAAAUUAUGUUAUAAAGAGAUUAGACAUGUAUAUUCAGAAUGUGGAUAUUCUUAAACAAAGAAGAAAAGAAAUACUGCAUAAAAAGUGGGUUGAAAAUGUUGCAGAGCCUCUUCAACAAAGAAUUAUGGAAAAAGUAAUUUCCUGGAAUAGGAUGAAAAAACCAAAAAACAAUUUUGUUUACCCACAACACACAAAUAAAACGGUUUUUGUUCCACCAUUUUAUGAUCCUCUGUUUCGAAGACAGCAAGAGGUAGCUGAAGAGGGCAGAGAUAUCCUUCAGUUGAAGACAGGAAAAAAAUAUUCAAUAAAAGAAUUUACAGAAUUAGAGAAGGCCAAGAUGCAUUCCAACUUGCCCCCAUUCACUUUCACUCUACACAGCACGGUUCCAAAAGAAAUGCGGAAACCCUUUACCAGAUCCUGGAAAAGAAAAAUUCAUAGGGAGUGCAGGGAAGAUAAGGCGACCUGGAAGUUCAACUACUUCCUUAAGAUCAUUCAACUUCUGGAUGAUUAUCCGAAAUGCUUCAUCGUGGGUGCAGACAAUGUCGGCUCCAAGCAGAUGCAGCAGAUCCGCAUGUCCCUCCGCGGGAAAGCUGUGGUUCUGAUGGGCAAGAACACCAUGAUGCGCAAGGCCAUCUGGGGCCACCUGGACAUCAACCCGGCCUUGGAGAAGCUGCUGCCUCAUAUCUGGGGGAACGUGGGGUUUGUGUUCACCACAGAGGAUCUCACAGAGAUCAGGGACAUGCUGCUGGCCAACAAGGCUUUGGGCAUCACCACUAAGAUCUCCAGAGGCACCAUUGAAAUUCUGAGUGAUGUGCAGCUGAUUAAGACUGGAGACAAGGUGGGAGCCAGCGAGGCCACCCUGCUGAACAUCUCUCCCUUCUCCUUCGGGCUGAUUAUCCAGCAGGUGUUUGACAACGGCAGCAUCUAUAAUCCUGAAGUGCUUGACAUCACAGAGGAAACCCUGCAUACCCACUUCCUGGAGGGUGUCCAUAAUGUUGCCAGCGUCUGUCUGCAGAUUUGUUACCCAGCCAUGGCCUCAAUACCACAUUCCAUCAUCAAUGGACCUGAAAUCCUAACCUAUAUACAAAGUGAAUAUCUGCCUGAUAAAAACAUUACCGACCCGAGUCAGAUUGCUUUUAAAAAGCAAUUUUAUAUCUCCAAGCUGAACCAGGAGAUUAGAAGGGCUGAGAGGAAGGGUCAGGUCUUGGGAGCCAGAAAGCACAGACCUCGAUCCUGGGCAGCAGGGGAAAGACUUCAUCAGGAAGGGGUACAUCCUCUGGAAAGAAGAGUUUUAACAGCAGAAGUGCUGGCGAAGCACUUGGCCUCCCUGCACAUGAGGGCUAAGCAAGGCAGCCACAAGUUGUGCCAAAAGUAA